CGUCCUUACGUAUCCUUACAAACGAAUCAGAUGCUUUCUUUCACAUUAAGGACAAAACUGUAUUUAGUGUCCAAACCAAACGGUGAUGUUUUUUAUGAGAUUUUUGCUGAAGAAUUAAGAUGAUUGAUGAAGAAAUGUUUCCUCUUUCCUCUGCCUUUUCAGUUCCGGGCUUUCAGUUCCUCUUUUUAAAACUCGUCUGAGAUGUGACACUAACCAUAUUGUGACAGACGCUCAGGACUGAUCUAUGGCUGUAAAUCUGGAAAUGAGCACUCAGUUUGAAGCUCCUAAUUACCUGAAUGUAGGGAAACCGAAGAAAAUGUCUCCUUCACCUGCCAGAAACACUCAGUAUGGAGUAGGAGCUUACAGACUGGCUGGAGUGUGCGUCGGUCUGAUGAUUAUCGUUCAGGCGAGCCUCAACAUUGUCCUGAGGCUGUACUUUACCUCUGAGCUGCUACCGCCGAACUGCGGCAAUGACACAGGGUCUGCUCAGCUACGGAUGGAGAAAGACAAACUCCAGGAGAAGCUUUCCAAAAUUGCUGAAGAGCUCAAGAAGCCAAGGUGGGACUUAUUCAUGUCCAGCUUUUACUACGUGUCUGCUGAGAGGAAGAACUGGUCUGACAGCAGAGCUGAAUGUAUAAAAGACGGAGCAGACCUGGUGAUCAUCGAAAGCAAAGAAGAACAGGAUUUCAUUAAUGUGUUAAGAAGUGGAAAGAGCGCAUGGAUUGGUUUGGGAGACCAAGUCACUGAGGGCACGUGGAAAUGGGUGGACAAUACAUCACUGACCACUAGCUACUGGUGGAGUCGAGAGCCCAAUAAUUUAAAUGGAGAUGAAGACUGUGUUGAGAUUGGUACUGUUCCUGAUGGAAGGCCUGUAACAGAUAGCUCAAACACAUGGAAUGAUCAUUCAUGCCAUGGCAGUUUAUUUUGGAUUUGUGAGAAAAGCUUUCCCAUUUAAGUCUCUGUGAAGAGCACAAACACUCACAGCUGGGACUAAACCUGCAUUGCAUUGUACUGCUAUCAUGAAUGUGCUCCUAAUAAAGUGAACAGUGAGGGUA